ACUCACUCCCAUCAUGCAAUUCUCCAAAUCAUUUUGAUCGUUGUUCCAGGUUUACGAAGAGGCUUAAGCAGUGCCUUCCUCCGGUUUCACGCAACCCUGAAUGCAAACUUUCCAGAAGACUCUUCCUCGUCAGCAUGAACUCGACCUGCCCGGCUUUCGUGAUAGGCGAAUCCGUAUGUCUUCCCCCAAUUAGAAUCCCAUUCUACUUUUCUCUCCGCCAAAGUAUAUUCGAUGACAUUCCAGACACCUACGUCGCACUUGCUGCGCCGGUGCUCACGUUUUGGCUCAUGUCUCUCAUGUUCCACUGUCUUGAUAUCUCUAGCUGGCGAUGGCUCGAUAAAUAUCGCAUUCACGAGUCCGAGGAAGUCAAAUCCAAAAACUUGGCAACGCCUUGGGAGGUCGCACGCGCCGUCAUAUUCCAAAAUGUGAUGCAAACUCUGGUGGGUUUAGCGUGGUUGACAGAGCCACCAGAGGUCUCGGUUGCGCGGUGUCAAACCGAGAUGGAGGGCUUGGGAAGAAUGUUGGUCUUGGUCGUGCGACGUCUCUUUGGGAAGGAAAUGGGAAUGAAAAUAUUGGAGCUGCGGGGGCCUGAGAUGACCCAUUGGUUGUACUGGUGGGGAAUCCCAGCUGCGCAGAUCUUCUUCGCGAUGUUUGUCCUCGACACUUGGCAAUACUUCCUCCACCGCUUGAUGCACACAAACCAAUAUCUCUACAGAAAGAUCCACUCAGUGCACCACAAACUUUACGUUCCUUAUGCCUUCGGGGCAUUCUACAGCCAUCCUUUCGAAGGCUUCUUGCUAGACACCCUGGGCAUAGCCAUUGCAGAGCGAGUCGCCUGUCUUUCUAUACGACAGACCAUUUUCUUCUUCGCCUACGGCACAGGCAAGGGUGUCGACGAUCAUUGUGGAUACAGUUUCCCAUUUGAUCCUUUCCAAUUGAUUAGCGGAAAUAACUCAGACUAUCAUGACAUACAUCAUCAGGCCAUCGGGAUCAAGUCAAAUUUCUCACAGCCUUUCUUCGUCCAUUGGGAUGUGCUUCUCGGUACGCGCAUGACCAGAGAAGAUAUUCAAGAACGUAGACAGAAAGUAAAGACGACGUAAUGCAUUAAACCCGAUUAUGGCAUAUAAAGAUCUGAAGUUUGGUUUUCGCCCGUUGUUAUAUCAACAGCUACGAUAAUUUUGGUGAAUGAUGUUCUGACUUGCGAAUUCUUGAUUAUGGCCUCUGUUCACACAAAAUGAUGAAUUGUAUUACAUUCACAAGAGCUGACUUCAUGCUUAUGGGUUUGAGUCAAUUUU